AUGGGCACCGGUGUCAUGCGUGCUGGCAGGCUGGCUCCGGUGCAGCAGCAGAGAUGGUUGCUGGUGUGGUUGAUCGUGGUUUUUGUGGGGCUUGACCUGGCCGAGGCUCGGCGCGUACGUGACCCAAUGCACCAAUUGUCGGGCUCGGAGUUUCAAAAGAUGUUGGCUGCCUCCCGCUUUGAUACCUCUGUGCCGCCUUCGCCGCCUUCAGCGACCAUGCCCUCUCCGGCCGCCGAGCCUGCUGAGCAGCUUCAAGCGUUUGUUGCCCCGCAGCCCUCAACACCCACGCCUCCCAGGCCUCCCAGGCCUGCUUCACGAUCAAGCCCCUCCAUGUUGACUCAGCCAGCCGCGCCAGCCGCGCCAGCCGCGCCAGCCGCGCCAGCCGCGCCAGCCGCGCCACCAACGCCAGCAAAGCAACCGGACACCAUGCUGACUGCUUCAUCCGAUGCGUCCCCCAUCUCCACCUCCAGCACUCUGGCCAUCCUUGGUGCCAUCAUGCUCUUGGCUGCCGUCGUCUUUGCUCUGGCCCAGCUCACCACUGAGGAAGGAAGAGCUGCCAGGCGCACUCGUGCCUGGCUUGAUCACACCAUGGCAAACUGUCAGCAACGCAUCCUGCAGCUCCGCCGCUCAGCACUACUCACUGACCGUGAUCAGAUACAGAGCCAUGAUUUUACAACCAUCUCUGAGCUUUGGCAGGACAUCAACCGCCUACAGAGUCGCGCGCUCACUGCCAGCGUCUUCCCCUUUCCUCCGCUUGAUCAGCUUACGGACGACCUUGGCCAGCUUCAUGCCGAUGUGCUGCUCCUCUUCCUGACCGCUUUUGUCAACGAUGCUGCCGGCUUGAGCGAGCAAAACCUGCUCGCUGCUGUGGACCGUGCCGAGCAGCAGGUCGAAGCCUUUGAACACCGCGUUGAUGCAGCCAGUGGCUCACCCCGCAGCGCCCGCAGCCCCCACCCCAAUUCUGAAGGAAAAGUACCUGACAAAAAAGCGUUUGGAUCAUCACACCACGGACGGAAUCUGCAACAAGCCAAGGCCCUCCUGGUAAAACUACGCCAAAUUGCAUUGGCACCGCAGCAGGCUCGCGCCCUUGCUGCUGCCUUGGCCUCGGGGGACCGAGAGCAGGUACACCAGCGUUUGGAAGAGUGCGAACGGCUUGGGGUCGUACCCGACAACGCUCGCGCUGCGCAAGACUUUCUGCGCCUGCCGUCGGCAUUAAAUCGUAGCCUUCCCAUGCUGACCACUGCCGCGGGGGCCAUCGCUGCCCAAUGCGAUCCCGGCGAGGGCGAAGCCGACAUGAGUGCGGGCGCUGAAAGUCAGGUCCCCCUGGAGACAAACACCACCAGAGGCGGUGCAGGCCAUCUGGAGAUGCAACAGCUCGUUAGCCACAUCCCAAAGCCACUUCAAGAAUACAUAGGCACGCUACCCCCAGAGGCCAAGGACGAGUGGCUUCGCCUCUGCGUCCGCGAGGCCCACCAGGAUGCCCGUGAUGCCCGCACACUAAGUGCCCGCCAGGAGCAACAUGAGGAAAUGCUGGCCAACUUGAACAAAGCAAACCAGCAAGCGGAGCAGACAUUUGCAGCCCAGCAAAAGUACUAUGAGGCGCAAGAACGGGCCCAUCACAACAAGCUUCGCCAACGCAUCAAGGAAGAUACAAAUCGCCUGAUUGAGACAGAGUUUGCAACACUGCAACAGCAGAGACAGGAGCGCACGACUCGGCUACUCAAGCUCAGUCUAUUUCUUCUGGCCACCAUUUGCUUUUACAGCGCAAUGGUCCACCUGAUCAAGUCUGAUCAAAGUGUUUGUCGGGUGGAUCGUCUCUACGCCCCGCGCAGCUUUGUCAGCCAGUGGGUCGGCCUCGACCCGCUGGCUGUCUUCACCGCCCAAUUUGACUGGCUUUGCCGCUUGAGUCACGGGCUGAAGAGUGUAUUUAUGGGAGCUGUGGCCCUCCUAUUAUUGGCACUUCUCAUUCUGGUCGUAGCCACGGCUGGACUGACCAUGGGCAUGAUCAUGAUGGUCAUGGUCUGCGCGUUCUUCAUGGAUGCCCUGCUGAAGCAAUGGGCCAUGCGCUCCAUCAUCCUCAUCGGCCCAGCGCUCCUGCUCAUUGCCCUCAAUGGUGUGGAACGGCUGGUGCAAAUGCGACAAAAGCGCCUGGCCAAGGAACGGCUGGAUCGAGAUGCUGAGCAUGAAAAUGUUCAGCUCCAAUCUAUCGAAGGGUUGUUUGCCUGGAGCAUUGGCGGCCACGACGUGCGCCUAGCCGUCAGCAGUCUUGUCCAGUUUGUCAUACUGGCGUUGGUGGCGAAUGCUGCAAGCUACAUUGCCACUGGCACCAGUCUUUUGGUUCGAUUCGUGCCCGUCCGGUGA